AUGUGGCCUUACUUGGCGGCACUAUGGCUGCUCUGCAUCAGUGUCAGCUGUACUGCUACUACCAGCACCACUCUGGUUGUCAGUACUGCCUCCAAGUCCUCUGUCGCGUCCAUUCUCAGCACGAGCUCCACAAGCUGGACUAUACCCGAACAUCAUACUACAUAUCCAGGACCCACUGUUCCCAGUGCCCUUCCUACAUAUCACCAGGCGCUGAGACGGAAGCGUGGCGCGUGUACUCGAUCGGAUAUUGUGCAAGACUGUGAUCCUGCUCCCGUACCUGCGAGCAAAUCGAACACGACCACCGCUCAAGCAUGCGGCGGCACUCCAUCCAACACGGGCUCCACUCGAGCAACAAUCAACGAAGUCACCUACGACUUCUGCAGGUCGAAGUACUCGGGUCGAUACGGACGCAACUUGGAGUAUGGCGAUGCCGGUGGGUCAAAGACCAUAACGGCGAGCGAUGGCAAUAGCAUUACACUCCAGACAGUGUUCGAUUGGUCUGCAGUCCCGCCUCAGACUUCGAUUGUCAUGGACGUGCAAGGUUGCUACAUGAGCUUCGUGUCGGCUGUGUCCAUAUGUGGUGCCAAUGCCACCGAACAGCAACUAGUUUUGGGUGGAAAUUUCAAGGCCAAGUGGAAUGGAGUGACCGCACUGUUUUAUGUCACCGUCAAGCCCGCUGGCUGGGACGAGAUUGACCCCGGAGCCGCAAGUAGCGCUCCUAGCCAGCCCAGCUCGCCUAGCAUUCAUGGGAACGUAAUCGCUGGAGCGACCGGAGCCACGGCUGGCAUGGUCCUUCUCAUUGUCGCCAUCCUGUUUGUAUGGCGUCGGAGACAACGAGGCAAACCCGUCUGCGGCGCUUCCACGCCCACAUAUAUGACACCACCACGAACUCCAUCCCCGUACCCGUUCUCCGAGAAGCACUGCCAUGCCUCGAAGCUGUCGAUGCAGACGCAGGACACGAAGACAUCGGGACCCUACCCUGCAGUUGCGUGGCUGUAUGAUGCUUUUCCCAAACCGCCUUUGCAUCCUCUCGACCGCUAUCCCUCGUCGGCGAGCGCAACGCUUCUCAACUCGAAGGUCUCAUCCCGUGGGAGAGUCCGAUCAAGCCUCGCGGUAUCGCCUACGAAUACAGAGUUCAAUGAUCCAGGGCAUAUCGCCUGGCAGGCAAUGAGCCCGACCGGGGACAAAGAAAGACAGCGAUCCUUUCGACACUCUGCUCCCAUGCUAUCACAGAUGAUGCCGCCCCCGCCAGCCUAUGCUCACCAACCCGAACCGACGACAUCACGCCGAAGAGCAAAUACCGCAACCCUUGCUCUCUCUCCUUUCGAUAGUGCGGGCAUCCGAAAACCAAUCGACACAUUCAAGAAACAACACCGACGAGCACAUUCCGGCCACGCAUAUUCAUGCUCCAUCUACUCUCGUGGAACAUGUGGAGAGUCUAUCGCCCCCGGCUCCAGAAGACCCACGGUGAUUGAUGUAGUCGAUGUCCCGCCCAUACCCGCCGUCCAUCUCGGCCCUCCAGCGAUGCAAGACGCAAGCAUCGACAACAAUGAUGAGGACAACAAAGAUGAGAAGCAGCAUCCCCAGCUGAGGAUGCUACGAAGAGAACAAUCGGCACCGGAUACUUCGCUACGAAUGUCUAUAUUUGGACCGGGCAGAAAAAAGAGAAUGAGUAUGCCUAUGCUUGCGAGCCAGAUGAGCUCGUAUUAUGCUGCAUCUUUGCCGACUUUGGAUUGGAAUUCCAUUCAGAAGGCUGGGACUAUGUAA